GGCACAUUCUACCGCAAGGCGACAAGCUAGCCGUAACCAACCAGAGCACCGCCGCACCGGUGCGUCUCAUUUUGUCGCGCGCGCUCCAGAAAUGGCCGGGACAGGCCCCUCGCGCCGCCACGCCGACCACAUCCCCAGGCCGCCGCCGCGACCGGUUCCGCCGCCGCCGGUGCCGGUGCCGCCUUGGGUCAUCCUGGGGCGCGUGCUGGAAACGGACGCGGUCCCUGCGGGCGCCGACUUCGUCCUCGCUCACGCCCCACCCCCAGCAAUCGCCCACCUCUCCCUCUCCCCGCACAUAUGCCUCCUCCACAGCCAGUCCACCGGCCCCCCCUUCCUCCUCGCCGCCGACGAGCGCGGACGCCACCUCCUCGUCGCCACCGGGGGAGGUUGGCCGCGCCCUCCAGACGACUCCCGCCUUGCGACGCUCCAGAACGCCACGCCGCUGGAAGGCCUCGAGUACCGAGUCUGCGAUGAGUCCAACCGCGAGGCCUUCAAGCUCCCCACGCCUUCCGAUCACGGCAUCGACAUCGGCAUCGCCCACCCCGACAACCUGGGCAUCAUCACCGCCACCGGCCGCGGACCCGGAGGCGGUAGAUUCUACGUGGUCGCUGAGCUCCAGCACAUCUCCCCGCCGGACAACGUCCGCGAGCAGAAGUGCACCCUGCUCCGCUACUGGUCCGACACCCGCCGUUGGACCCCGACGGUGCUCAAGUACCCGACGCCCGCGCGGCAGCGGGGAAGCAACGGCGUCAUCGCCCACGAGGGGAGGCUCUGGUGGGUCGACCUGAUCUGGGGCAUCCUCUCCUGCGACCCUUUCGCCGAACAACCGGCGCUCCGCUUCGUCCCGCUACCCCUCGGCUGCGCCGUGAUGGGCCAUCGCGCGGACCAUAUCGAGAAGUUCCGCUGCAUCGGGGUGAGCAACGGCAAACUGCGGUACGCGCAGAUGAUGCGCGACUGCUACUUGGCCCCCGGCACUCCCAAUGCUGUCAAGACAUGGACGCUGACGGACCCGGACACCGGCAGCUGGACGCCGGAGUGCGACGUGGGCUUUGCCGAGAUCUGGGCUGAUGCGAGCUACAAGGACACCAGGCUGCCAGAGAGGAACCCCGCCCUCGGCCUCAUCCACCCCAAGGACCCCGACGUCGUGUACUUCUUCCUGGACAAGCAUCUCUUCAGCGUCAACCUCCGCGUGAAGAGGGUCCUGGAGUGCGUGUUGUGCAAUGAUUUGCGCAUGCCGACGUUCCAGCGGCACGACGUCUCCUCCCGCUUCGUGCACGCUUUGCAGUUUCCACCAUCCAUUUAUCACGAGCUCAGGGCACUAGGGCAGGCUGACUAAGAUGGGUAAUGCCCCCCGGCCAGGUAAUGCGUACAUGACAAACAUCCAAACCAACAUGCACUAUGUAAUCGUCUCAUUGGAAUGCCUUUCGCUGGCACGCAGCUGGAAUGGUGCCUGACUCUGAGUUGACAGAGGUUUAGCACUUAAGUCCAGUUUGGAAAGUAGUUUCCUGCAUUUGGUGUUCAUUGCUGAUUUGAUUUCCUAGGUGACCUUAA